GCGGGCCAUCAGCGCACCAUCCCCAGAGGCACCAAGGAGCCAGGGAGCAUGGAUCUGACUGAUGAUGUUCGGCCUGGGCAGCUUCCUCCUGGUCCUGCCCGCCUUCCCUGCCCGCUGGUCACAUGGGGGCCGGGGGCAGGGCCAAGGCCUCCGCGGGGCCGCCGCGGGGUGAGAAGAGGGGGCAGGGAGCCCCAGCGCUCCCUCCAGGCAGUGCCCUGAGGAGGGAUCCCCAGGCAGGCUCUGGGCAGCGGAGAAGGAGGUGUCCGGCUCCCCGGUACCAGAUGCUGAUCUGUUACUGGAAAACAGGAAUUAGCCUGUCUGCCUGAGGAUGUGGUUGGUUCUUUAUAAAAAGGAUAUACAAGAAAUUUGCACAUAGACUGCCAGCCUCAUUAUGCUGCCGACAGCUUCCAGCAAAAGAAGAACGUUUGCAGCCAGAUAUUUCGCUCGCUCCAAAAGCCUGGUGAUGGGGGACCAGAGCCGGAGCCCCGGGCGGCCACCCUGCCCCCGCAGGCUGGGCCCCGUGCUGAAGGCGGGCUGGCUGAAGAAGCAGAGGAGCAUCAUGAAGAACUGGCAGCAGCGCUGGUUCGUGCUGCGCGGGGAUCAGCUUUUCUACUACAAGGACAAAGAUGAGACCAAGCCCCAGGGAUUUAUUUCUCUGCAAGGGACCCAGGUGACCGAACUUCUUCCUGGCCCCGAGGACCCAGGAAAGCACCUUUUUGAGAUCAGCCCAGCCAGGCCAUGAAGCCGGGCCGGUUCCUCUCUGAUAUCCGGCCCCCACUGGACCUGCCCACCCACCCACCCUUGGAGUUCCUCUUGGGCUGGGGGUUGCGACUCAUUCCUGGAGCUGGGCGCUGCCCCGAGCACAGCCUCUCACCCAGACUGAGGGCUCACGCGGCUGAUAGCUUCAGUCCCCACCAACGACAGGAUUCCACGCGGACACCCAGGAGCCAGCAGCACCAGCAGCAGGAGGGAUGGUUAACAAGUUGGCACUCACCUCGACACGCCAGGGACAUGCAGGCUUGGGCAUCCCAGGGGUUUAGUUCGGUCUUUUACGAAAGGCCCUGUCACCAGCAGUGAGGUCACAGUGGCCCUGACCACCAUGUGACUGUCUCUGCAAGCACAGAGCAUGAGGUGUGGCUCAGAAGUGGGCGCGGGGCCCUUUACACCUGCUCCCCACCCUCCUUCUCACGCCUCCCCAAAGCAGGGCCCUAACCCACAGGCCCUCAGAUACCUUCCAGCCCAGGAGGUCUGCGGCCACAGUGGACAUUCAGAGGGAGCUCACCAGAGCAGCGAGGGGGUCUGUAAACCGCUGGAACAUUUCCGUACCACUUAGUGACUUGUCACUGCCCCCAGCCUUCCCGGGCCCCUCUGCCUCCCCACUCUCUAGGACCUGGCCACCUAGUACCAGAUGUGGCUUAGGACCCACUUUGAUUCUGAUUGAUCCUGGUCCCUGCAUAGCUGUUUUUGAGGAUUUUGAACUCCAUGCAGCCUGCAUCCAAAAUUUCUGGAGGCAGAGAGCCCUGAACUUGGGAGCAAGGAGAGAUCUUUGAGACUGGGCAAUUUCCUCUUCUUCGGUUUACUGUUGAGGAGAGUCAGACACAGAGAGGCCCACAUCCCUCCAGGGGGCUCUCCAAGGGGGUGCAGAAUGGGGACAGGGUGGGGCGACAGCAUGAAUGGCCUUGGAAUCAGGUUGCUCUGGGUUCAAAUCCAGACUCUCCCACUUUGACCUGCGGUGCGUCUGGCUGUGCCUGGCUUGGGACUUCGGUGUCACCUGGCUGGGAAAGCAGUGCCUCACCAGGCUAUUGCCAGGGGGCGAGGGUGUGGAGAAAAAGGGCUUGUGUAGGAUGAGCCCCACCAACACCAAACACUGCCUUCCCCACAACAGCAGGCUCUGGGAUCCUCAGGGAAACACCUGUACCUCUGACUUAGCAAGGUCCCAGAAGCCAUGUUCAGGGCCACCUGCCUGCGAACAGACCCCUACCUACCUCGCCCCAAUCCAUUUUCGGGAACAAGCAAGGUCUUUUCCUGUGAAGUCUUCCCAAGGAGGGUCAAGGAGAGAGUCCACUCUGAUUAUCAUCUUGCUAAUGAUCAAAACAUGGGGACUUAGAGAUGUAAUGUCCAGGCUGAGAGGGCGCAAGCUUGGGAGGUCCUCAGGUCCUCUGAGAUCACCUAGCCUGACCUUUUCUAGGUGAGUCUUAAAAAAACACUCCCCAAAGAGAAAAUGACUUGCCUAAGGCCACCCACCAUGUCAGUAGGCCAGUGGGGACCUCGCUCACAGUCUCUGAGUCUGGGGGCCCCAGUCCGGUCCUGAAUAAGGCUGCCUAACUGCGUUCUAGUUUAGUCCCUAUGAAUUGAGGGCAGGUUCUGUGCUGGGCCACUUACAGAGUGGCUAUCACACCUUCCUUACGCCAAAAUGGAGGAAUGGAGGGAAGGGGCCAGACAUUCAAGAGUCAUUCAAGGCAAGAUGAGGGUUGGGGGAGGGAGCCCAUGGGUACGGGGGGAGCCAGCCUUCAGGCCAUGUCUCACAGCUGGAUGUCCAGUCAGCCCCUCGGCCAUGGCCCCUGCUCAGAAUGCUCUGGGCAGUCAGGCAGCUCUGUCAUAAAUGAUCCUUCCUCCAUUGUCUCAACAUUUCCAAGUACCAGACGGGACACAACAGGCUUAUGUCACCUUAAGUCUCUACUCUGCCCCAGGCCCGGGCCCCCUCGACCGUCCUGCCUUGCUCAUUUGCGUUAACUCCAUAACCCCGAUGUUUUUGUGGAUUCACAGGGUCAAGAGGGGUUCCCUUGAUGCCUGCCAGGUUUCUCCACCAAGUUUAGAAACGUUUUAUGCAUGGCGUUAAAUACACGGUCUUUCAUCUGGGAGGGAGGAGAGGCUGAGUUUGCUGAGCUCUGUCGGUGCCAAGCACAGCGCAUGCGCUGCCUCCCACUCCUCAACCUUCCCCGCCAGGGUCGUUGGAUACUGUGGGCUUUGGAGAUGAAGAUAUCGAGGCUGAGAGAUAAAUAGUUUGCCCCUGGCCACCCAAAUGUCGCCGGUCAGGUCUGAAUGACCCCAAAAUCCAGGCUGUUUCUUCCCUCAGCUGUCUUUCAAGUCUCAAGAAUGGACUCUUCUGGAAAGAUUCUAGUUAAAGGUCUUUGGCUGCUAGGACUGUGGGUCUCUGGCUACGUAAUAAAGUGAUUUCUCAUGAAAACCUGAGGACAUCCUUCCUUCCUGUGCCCCCCUCCUCCAUGACCCGCAGGACACCAUCAGUGCGUGAAAUCCCUGGAAAUCUGGGAGAAGCAGGCGCCGAAAGGAUGCUGCAGCCCCUUUCUUUAUUCAGAGGGGCUGGGGAAUUGCUCUUUCCCAACAAACUCCCGAGAAGCCACUGACCAGGACCGGGCAAUGGAGGAGGGGGUGCCGCUGGGUGAGUCUGGGGGAAAUGAGGCCAUGGAGCCCCGGAAAAGGCCCGGGUCACCCAGCAUCCUGCCCUGCCUCCCCUGUGAGGCCCCUUUGUCCUGGCUCGAGCUCCCAGGCUGGCCCGCCCUCGCCUGCAGCAUUCAUGCGCUGGCUCUGAGGCCCAUUCUGAGUUAGUGCUAUUUGUAGAAUCUUCUUAAAAUACCACAACAGUGCCAUUCAGGGAGCGUCUGUGCGGCGAUGGAUGGUGGAGGCUGAAACAAAGCUCUGCUGUGCUGGGCAUCCCGAUCUGGCCUCAGCUGGAGGGCGUCCCUCCACCCGACUGACGGGCGGGGAGCUGGGGUUCUCCCCGUCCUGGGUGCUCCCGGGCAGCCGAGGCCCCGUGGGGCCCGGCAUGGCAUGGGCUCUGGUCCCCCACGCUGGCCUGCAGCGCAUCCUGGGCCAGGCUGGCCGGCGGCGGGAGUGCAAGAGGGCACUCGGCUCUCUGUAAAUGAGACUGUGCGGUUCACGGUAGCCUUUCCCCAGGAGGCCAGGUCUAGUCCAGCCCGUCAUCAGGCCACACCCAGGCUUGCUCACGGACAGACAGUUGGGUGGAUGGACAGGAGCAAAGAUGAGGGAGGGGCAUCAGGGAGGGACCCACAGGGAUGAAGCCGUUUGCAUGCAGAAGGCAGGGCUCUGGCACCUUUCCUCCCUCUGUGUCCAUGCUGUUCCAUCACGACAUGUGGCACAGUAGUGCCCUUUCUCUUCCCCACCUCAGCAGCGCC